CUUCUAGCCGUGGACAGAUGGUAUUACUUGCUUCAGUCCAGAGUAUCUCCACCCACGCCAAAUCACACCCUCUCCACUCUAAGCUUCUGCGAUGCGACUGACUUCGACUAUACCUUACUGUAAACCACUCACGAAGCUCGACCUAGAACACCACAGGCUCAUCAGCCUUGCUAAAUAACGUCUACUUUCGCCGUGCCACUCUGGAUGGCCCAGCAUCUAGACCCUUCAAAAACCACCCUUCGACCCAGGAUCAUCGGAAAUUUUACGAGGGCCCGACGCUUUCAGAUCCACGCCGAAACCAUUGGCCACCCUGCAACCUGGGAUUAAUGUUUUGGAAACCCAGCAGUGCUGCUCGAACUACGACCCGUGGAGUGAUUGCUUAACCAAUCGCCACGAGAUGUCAGACCCAGCAGAGAGGGCGUUAAAGCCCAAACCGAGCCUCAUGGUCCUACAGAUGCAAGAUUUCUUUUCGCAACCGGUAACCGCUGCGUUCUGCGCUGGAGGUGUUGCAGGUGCCGUCUCUCGAACUGUUGUCUCGCCGCUAGAGAGACUCAAGAUCUUAUACCAAAUCCAGGGUGCUGGUCGUCAAGAAUACACACAGUCGGUCACGAAGUCAUUGGCUAGGAUUUGGCGUGAGGAAGGAUGGAAGGGGUUUAUGAGGGGCAACGGAACAAACUGUGUCCGUAUAGUGCCGUAUUCUGCCGUGCAGUUUGGUAGCUACAACUUCUACAAGAAGUUCUUCGAGCCAACACCAGGUGCCGACCUCUCAUCGUUCAGGCGAUUAAUAUGCGGAGGAGCCGCUGGAAUCACAUCUGUUUUCUUUACAUACCCACUUGAUAUUGUCCGCACCCGCCUUUCGAUUCAGUCAGCUUCAUUCGCCGCGCUUAGCAAUGUUCACAAAUCCAAGUUGCCUGGGAUGUGGAGCACUAUGGUUAUGAUGUAUAAGACCGAAGGUGGCAUUCUUGCUCUAUACCGAGGCAUCGUACCCACUGUUGCCGGUGUUGCACCCUAUGUCGGCUUGAAUUUUAUGACUUAUGAACUUGUACGGGAACGCUUUACACCAGAGGGUGAUAAAAACCCCAGCGCCGUACGCAAGCUUGCCGCAGGCGCAAUCUCGGGGGCCAUUGCACAGACGUGCACAUACCCAUUCGAUGUCCUACGGCGACGCUUCCAGAUCAACACCAUGUCGGGGAUGGGCUAUCAGUACAACGGGGUAUUCGACGCCGUGAAGGUAAUUAUCGUACAGGAGGGCGUCAAGGGAUUAUACAAGGGCAUCGUCCCGAAUCUACUCAAGGUUGCGCCCAGUAUGGCGAGUAGCUGGCUCAGCUUCGAGAUGACGAGAGACUUCUUGGUAGGUCUGAACACUGAUGUUUCAGAUAUCUGAAUGGUUGGGGGGGGUUGUGGUGGCAUCGUGAAGCUGCUGGUGGUGGUCAUUCGUCACAUAGAAAGCGGUAUACAAAUAGACGACGGGAUUUUAUAGAUGACUUGUACAAAGCCAUAUUUGAUAUAGAACUAUAUACAGUAAUAGAACAGAUUAUAUGUA